AUGUCUCUGACCAACACAAAGACGGGUUUUUCCGUCAAGGACAUCCUGGACCUCCCCGACACCAACGACGAGGACGGCUCCGCCGCGGAAGGGGGCGAGGAGGAGAGCGAAGCGCCGGAGCCUCCCAAGAAAGCGGCGGUGUUGGGCCAAACCCCCUUGGACGCUGUUCAGACGCUGCCUUUGAAGCCCCCUUUCUAUGAUAAUAGCGAUAAUCCCUACACGCGCUGGCUGGCGAGCGCCGAGGGCAUCCAGUACUCCCGCUCUGCUAAGUCUAUAAAACCAGUUGUGUGGCCCUAA